CCCAACAACCUGCUAGCCUGCUGAUUUCAUAGGAAAGCUCGAGCGAGCGCGAGAAAAACGUCAGACGAAGCAGGCGGCAGUCGGAGUAUCGCGAUUUGACUCGUGAGUCCGUUAGCGAAUGCUACGAGGUGUGUGACCCGCGUGUGUGUGUGUGUGUGUACCCUUUUAUCGCGACGUGCGUGACAGUACGUGCAUGCGUACAUGCGUGCGUUCGUGCUUGGGAAAAUAUUGGAAAAGCCUUUAGGCCGUGCAAAGUCGUCAGUGUCAGUGAUCAUCUAGGUGUUCAGAGGCUACUAGCCCCCGAAAGGAGUAUAUCCGUAACAAACAGUUAUCACCCGUAGGUUCAGAUUCAGUGCCUAUAGUUAGCUUGUGUGCGUGUUUUUGUGCAGUUGGUUUGUGGUGAGUUGGAAAAGUGAGACAGUAAAGAAGAAGCAAGAGGAAGCACGAGCCCAAAUUCCCUCAGCCCAACCUACCCCUACCCACGGUGUUCGGAAACAGCUGGAGCUUGAACUUUCCCGAUCGAGGGUCCUCUACUAAAAGGACGAUUUGCUAUCCCAGCUCAAGAAAGCAGCAAACCUUUGCAAAGACCACAUCGCAUAUAGAACACGAUGCCGCUGUUUGGGAAAUCGCAGAAGAGCCCACAGGAGCUGGUGAAGGCGCUCAAGGAGGCGGUCGCUUCGCUCGAGCGCGGCGACAAGAAGGCGGAGAAGGCGCAAGAGGAUGUCAGCAAGAAUCUGGUGCUUAUCAAAAAUAUGCUCUACGGAACAUCGGAUGCGGAACCACAGACCGAGAUUGUCGUGUCGCAGCUCGCACACGAACUCUAUAGCACAAAUUUGCUCCUCCUGCUGAUACAGAACCUGAACCGUAUUGACUUCGAGGGCAAGAAGGAUGUGGCACAGAUCUUUAACAACGUGCUGCGGCGACAGAUCGGUACCCGUUCGCCAACUGUCGAGUACAUCUGUACAAAGCCCGAGAUCCUCUUCACACUGAUGGCCGGCUACGAGCAUCAGGAGAUAGCGCUCAACUGUGGCACUAUGCUGCGCGAGUGCGCCCGCUAUGAGGCGCUCGCCAAGAUCAUGCUGCACUCGGACGAGUUCUUCAACUUCUUCCGCUACGUCGAGGUAUCCACGUUCGACAUCGCAUCGGACGCGUUCUCCACGUUCAAGGAGCUGCUUACCCGCCAUAAGAUCCUGUGCGCCGAGUUUCUCGAGCAAAACUACGAUAAAGUGUUCACACACUACGAGCAUUUGCUCAACUCGGAAAACUACGUAACUAGGCGCCAAAGCCUCAAGCUGCUCGGGGAGCUGCUGCUAGAUCGACACAACUUCACGGUGAUGACGAAGUAUAUCUCCAACCCGGACAACCUGAAGCUCAUGAUGAACAUGCUAAAGGAGAAAUCUCGCAACAUUCAGUUCGAAGCGUUUCACGUGUUCAAGGUGUUCGUUGCAAAUCCGAAUAAACCGAAACCUAUUCUUGACAUCCUGCUGCGCAAUCAGGAAAAACUGGUCGACUUCCUCACCCGGUUCCACACCGACCGCUCUGAGGACGAGCAGUUUAACGACGAGAAAGCUUACCUGAUCAAGCAGAUCAAGGAGUUGAAACCGAUUACCGCAGGCGGUGGUGGUGACCAAUAAAAGGCUAACGUUUAUUGGUUACCUGCCUUUACCACACCAUCCAACAACGCAUCCCCCCCCCCCCCCCGCCCCCCGACCCUCUUUCGAUAGCAGUUCGCGGAUGCCUUUCGCUGCUUACCGUUCUCAGCGCCAUGAAGCAACACCCAUGUAGUAACAGCAGAGAAUGUUAGAAUUAGUUGAUUAUAGCAAUAUCUUUCGCCUAAGACGCUGUAUUCUCGCAUAUUGCAAAUCCCACAUUUCCUUCGCCACCAUCUUUAUCUUCACCAUCCUCCGCCUUUCACGGGUUGCUACUAUUACAGUAACACCUCUAGAUAACCUUCGAGGGCCCCGUAGCGUAUUGCGGUUUAGCAGAUGUGCAGUGAGUAGAUUAAUCUGCGUGUGGGGGAGCCUCCCGUGCUCCUUACUUACCUCCAUCCUAGAGCCAUUAAACAGCAGCAUGAUGGAAAAUUGGCGAAAAAGAACAAAAGAACAAUAGCAAAGCAGUUAUGGGCCGUUCCAACUGCAACAUGCUAGUUAAAAACGAAGAACCAUAAUGGAAACAAAUGAUAAUAUGUUAUAAAUAUAGAUUAACACUUGUUCGAUUGAACUUAGAAACGUUGCUACACACGAUAUUUUUCGGGAUAUCCCGUAAAAGGUUGAUCGUCUCCAAAUGAAAAAAAAUAUAUGUUUUUUUUACCUGGAGCCGAUCUGUCGCGACCUUGCGAUAAAUGUGUGUAUUAACAUCCUGAGCAGGUUUUAUAAUUCAAAAAGCGCAUGAAAAUUACCUUAUUAAAUUGCAUAAGUAACAGCCUUGCAGCAGGUAGCUUGCAAGAUUGUCCAAUAAUAUAUAUAUUUGCGUUACUUCCCAUCCACUAUACCACCCUACUCAUACCCAACCCCACACCGCGUACCACCCUCUAGGCAGGCUAUUUUUUUUGCACAUUCGCGGAAACAGCAAAUCAUUUAUAUAUACAGGCAGACAAGUAGAUCCGUUUGGCCAGUGCAUGAUAGUUUAAAGCAACAGCAAAUACUUUGGUCCGUAUCAAUGUAGGCCACUCUCCUCUGCUGGUGUAUUUAUUUAUUGAAAAAGAAGUAUUGAACUUAACAUCCCAGUCAUAAUUGGAGCGGUCAUCAGUUGUCAUCACCCCUCCCUCUUUUCUACCACCCCUACUCCUUAUGUGAUGCCUGCGUUAGAAAAAGCAUGAUAGUCUAAAGGAGACGAUGACAAAGAAGUGGCAAUCUUCUUGAUUUCCUUUAUGCUUCCGAUAGAAUCGGGUGCAUCGGGAAGUCUAGGAUGAUGCUUUCGCCUCCGACUUAUGGCCCGAAGCCGGUAAAUAAACUGCAAUGACUAGCGAUGCGAUUUUGCAAAUGAAAUGAAAUCGAUAUAUUAGAGCUUUUGGAUGAUUGGUUGUUAGGAGAGCAAGAAAACGGUAACGAAAACAAAAAGAAAGAAGAGAAGGUGGCUAGCGCGUGAUAAUGAGCCUACCUACAUCAAGCGUGGAGCAAAACAAAUGAAAUUAUUUCGAGAAAUAAAAACCAACAACAAAAGCGAAA